CUUAACAGCCCGUCUACCUGGACAGCGAACUCCUCACGCGACUGAUUCAGUGACUGACUUCACGGCGGCUCCUCGACAAUGUACAGCGGGAACAUUUUACAAAUAUUAAUGAUAUGCCUGUCAAUAUGGAGUUUCGUUCCUAGGGCUACGGGGGAUGAAAAAACGUAUGAUAGUUCCACAACUGCCAGUUUACCAUGGAUUGAGACAAGGCAAGAUUCUACCAUGGAAAUAACCAGUGCUGCCAGUUCAACCACCCCACACCAUCCCUCGUACACAGCCACGAAUCCACCAAGAGAACAGAUGCCGGAAUACAUAUAUGACAUUGGAGACCCGACAUCAGACGAGAACGUCACCUACAUCUUGGAUUCCCUCCUCAAGGGAUACGACAAGAGGCUGAGGCCGAACUAUAACGGCCCCCCAGUCGAGGUAGACGUUAACAUGUUCAUUUCUACUGUGAGCUCCGUGUCAGAGGCAGACAUGGACUUCACGCUGGACUUUUAUUUCCGCCAGUACUGGAAGGAUCAUCGCCUGAGUUUUAACAGCUCGUCAAUGGAAGAAAUCUCCUUACCGAACAACCUACUGAGCGAGAUAUGGGUACCAGACACGUUUUUCGUCAACGCCAAGAAAUCAGUAUUUCAUUUUGCCACCGUGAAGAACGCUUUCUUGCGACUUACAAGACAGGGGGUUGUCUACUGUAGUUUUAGGUUAACUGUAACCGCAUCUUGUCCCAUGGACCUGACAUACUUUCCAAUGGACACCCAAAUCUGUUCUCUGGAGAUAGAAAGCUACGGCUACAAAAGUUCGGAUAUCAAGUACAGAUGGUAUAGUCCUGAUGGAGAUCCACUGGGGAUAUCCGAAGAUGUGCAACUGCCGCAGUUUGUCAUAAGGGGACACAGAGAAGUCGUCAAGAUAUUUCAGCUGAGCACAGGCAAUUACUCAAGAUUGGCGUUGGAUUUGUAUCUGGACAGAAACAUGGGCUACUACCUAACACACAUCUACAUUCCAUCUAUCUUAAUAGUAGUGAUUUCCUGGGUUUCCUUUUGGCUGCACGAGGAUGCCGUUCCCGCCAGAAUUGCCCUCGGUAUCACCACAGUCCUCACCAUGACAACGCUGAUCUCAACAACCAAUCAAGCGCUGCCAAAGAUUUCCUACUUGAAAAGCAUUGAUGUCUACCUAGUCACAUGCUUUGUGAUGGUGUUUGCAUCCCUUCUGGAGUACGCAGCGGUUAACUAUCUUGGCAAGUUAGCAAAACAUAAAACAAAGUUGCCUGAGAUGCCCAAUCAAAGUAAACAGAAGGGAACUUCUUCCUGCAAAAAAAGCCCCGACUUGAGGAACAUCCGAGAGGGAUUAAGGCCGUUUGCUGCGAUGAGCAUGGCAUGGCCACCUGAUCCAGAGAAGGGGCACCAUCAAAAUGCGGAGGCCCGCAUGAGCUCCAUGGCAGAGCGCUACCGGACCCAGUACCAUCCAAUUCCAACACGUGACCCUGUCGCUAAUGGUGACGUUAGUCAGGCUGAAGAUUUGAAAGACAGUCGGCAGCGGGAACCAAGCCAACAUCCGGGGCAUGCAGGCUGGAAGUGCGGGUGCUGUACGCUUUCGGCGACAAUAUUAGACGAUUACUCGAGAUUUUUGUUUCCGCUGUCUUUCAUAGUGUUUAACAUAUGCUACUGGACUAUCUAUUGGCACAUCAGUAAUCUGACAAUGUCUUCAGAUUUCACGCCUCUUUAAUAAUGACCCUGGAUACAGCAAUGCAUUCCAAUUAACAAUUUAAAAUUAAAUACUGUAAAUCUAAGAAUGACUUUUUGUUGUUAAAGCAACAGUAGGUAUGGCGUAGACAGGAUAAAAAAGAAUGAAAAAAAUUACAUAGUAAAGGGAAAAACUAAUGCAAAUUUCUUGUAACCGUCCAUAAAUGUUUGAGUAGUUGCUGAAGCGAAUACAACAGUAGACCUUGGGUAGGUGGUCGUAUUUGUAGAAGAGCGACCCAGUGGGAAUUUAUUUAUGGACGGAGUUAUAAAGUUAAAAAACUGGCACGGUUGGAAUAAUCUGUGAUGUCGCUUUGAAGAAAUAAGGAGUUGUGUUGAAGGCUGCGUGCAAGAAAGGUAUGGCUGAUAAUCAAAAUACUGUGAAGAUGGGUAUUUUUUUUCACGGAAAGAUUCGAAUUAGCUUAAUGUGGUCACCAUUUGCACUAAUUGGUGUGUCAGACAAGAUUUUCAUUUAUGCAUGAAACAUCGAUUAACACAAACUCUAUUUUUUUUUCUUAAUUAACGAAAGACCUACAAGCUCAUUCUGUGUACCGGUAGGAAUUUCAAUUAGUAUAAUCUCAUCUUUAUAAGCGUUUAAACGUUCACAUCCAGUAUAUACAUAUAGCAGUAUUCACAAUGUGCAAUCACAUCGUUCGUUUUUAGAUUUUAAAAAAUUCACUCAACGAUUCUCAGUACUUUUCUUCAAAAGUUGUCUCAUAGUUACAUUUACUUGAUGUAUUUACUGUUCGUGACAUCAUUAUCACUGAAGUGUACCAUAAUCCGAGAUAGGUGUGUUUUAUCAUAUCAUU